CCUCCUCAGCAGUUCCCAGGCGGUCACAUCGGAGAGCCGGAGUUAUGGAUCAGCGGGUUUGGUUUAGCGUGCUCUUGGCGGCGGGGCUUCUGUGUCUCAGCGUGUCUCCCGUCUGUCGGGCCGAUGACGACGCGAUGGAAGAAGCUCUGGGAGACGACGUGGACGUGGAGGACGAGCUGGAUCUGGACGUCGCCGGAGUCGAUGAUGAUGAAGAGGAGCUGGACCUGCAGGACGAAGCUGCAGCUCCCAAGGCUCCAGCGAUACCCAAGGUGACCUACAAAGCUCCAGAGCCGAUGGGGGAACACUUCUUCGCUGAGAGCUUUGACAGGGGGACACUUGAAGGGUGGGUGAUGUCGAGCGCUAAGAAGGAAGGUGCUGAUGAAGAUAUCGCCAAGUACGACGGUAAAUGGUCGGUGGAGGAGAUGAAGGACAGUAAGCUUCCAGGUGAUAAAGGUUUGGUUCUGAAGUCGAGAGCUAAACAUCACGCCAUCUCUGCUCAGAUGCUGCGACCUUUCACCUUCGACACCAAGCCCCUCAUCAUCCAGUAUGAGGUGAACUUCCAGUCAGGUAUCGACUGCGGCGGAGCUUACGUCAAACUGCUGACUCAGACUCCUGACCUCGACCUGGACCACUUUGUGGAUAAGACUCCGUACACCAUCAUGUUCGGACCUGAUAAAUGUGGAGAAGAAUACAAGCUGCACUUCAUCUUCAGACACCAGAACCCCAAAACCGGAGAAUACGAAGAGAAGCACGCCAAGAAACCCGACGCUGACCUGAGAACCUACUACACUGAUAAGAAGACACAUCUGUACACUCUGGUGGUGAACCCUGACAACACCUUUGAGGUUCUGGUGGACCAGACGGUGGUGAACAGCGGCAGCCUGCUGACGGAUGUGACCCCCCCCGUGAACCCCCCCGCUGAGAUCGAAGACCCCGACGACCAGAAACCAGAAGACUGGGACGAGAGGGCCAAGAUCCAGGACCCUGCUGCCGCCAAGCCCGAGGACUGGGACGAGGAUGCUCCCGCUCAGAUUCCCGAUGAAGAAGCAGUGAAACCCGACGGCUGGCUGGACGACGAGCCCGAGUACAUCGGAGACCCCGACGCCGUCAAACCCGAGGACUGGGACGAGGACAUGGACGGCGAAUGGGAAGCUCCUCAGGUCCCGAACCCGGCCUGUGAGACCGCCCCCGGCUGCGGAGCCUGGAAACGACCAAUGAUCGACAACCCCAACUACAAGGGCAAGUGGAAGGCUCCGAUGAUCGACAACCCCAACUACCAGGGCGUCUGGAAGCCGAGGAAGAUCUCCAACCCGGCCUUCUUCGAGGACCUGCACCCCUUCAGGAUGAGCGCCUUCAGUGCCGUGGGGCUGGAGCUCUGGUCCAUGACCUCCGACAUCUUCUUCGAUAACUUCUUCAUCUCCAACGACAGAAUCACCGCAGACCGCUGGGCCAACGAUGGAUGGGGCCUGAAGAAGGCUGCAGAGGGAGCCGCUGAUCCCGGUCUUGCCACCCAGAUGUUGAACGCAGCAGAGGAGCGUCCGUGGCUCUGGGUCGUCUACGUUCUCACGGUGGCGUUACCGCUCGUCCUCAUCGUCGUCUUCUGCUGCACCGGAAAGAAGAAGAGCGCAGCAGCGACGCCGGCGGCUGAAUACAAGAAGACAGACGAGCCUCAGCCUGAUGUGAAGGAGGAGGAAGAGGAGGAGGAAGAGGAGGAGAAGGCUGAGAACAGCAGUCCAGCUUCAGGAGAGAAGAGCGACGGAGAGGAAAACGCUCCAGAGAAAGAAGAAGAAGAAGAGGAAGAGGAGGAAGAAGAAGGAGAGGGAGAAGAGAAAGAGGAAGAGGAGAAGUUAGAGGAUGAUGUUCUGAGGAGAUCUCCUAGGAACAGGAAAGUCAGAAGAGACUAAAUAUCUUCUCUGGAUCGAUCCUGACCUGAACACAGCCCCCCCUCCCCCUCCCCCUCCCCCUCCCCUCCCCCCCUCCU